CCAGUGAACAGAGUAUCACACUUUUUCGAGUAUAUAGCAGAAAAGUUGAUAUAGCUAUAACUUAUUCUCCAGAAACUGGUAUAAAAUUAUGCCUCCUUAUUUGUGAAGCAAAACAUCUAAAUAAGCCUCAAGGAGGGGAUUAUAAUAAAUUAUGCAGAAUACUUAAUGAUGCUGCAAAUAGGUUUAUUUUAUACUGGGCUAAAAAAUGUAAAAAGGUUACUAAAAAAUUAAAGAAAUUGUUUCGUAAGAUACGAUAG